UUCUCAUGGGCACUUGGUAGACUUUAACAUUUUUGCCAAUGUGAUGAGGGUGAAAUUGUAUCUUUUAAUUUUAAGAUACUUAAAUAUUAAAGAAUAAGGAAGAAUUUAUAGGUGAAGGAGAGAGAGAACAGUACUAGUAAGACAUUGGGAAAGGUCAUCUUUUUGCCAGUAAAAAGAACUCAAACAUUGGUGACUUUAAUUCACAGUCAGAAAAAUCUUACAUCAUGAUGUACUCAUAUUUGAAAUAGAAGGUAACAUGAAGCAGUUUACCCUUGUUACAUGUAGUAUAGUUUAUUUAUAAUGCUGGUUGUGAUCAGUGGGUUGGUAUGGUACCCAUUCUAAGGGCAAUUUGAAAAUCAUUGCUCAAGAGGAAGUAAUAUUGAGGCUAAACAGGUAAGUGGGCCUUGUAAAGUUGUUAAAUGCCAUGGUUUUAUCUCCUAGUGGUUUUCAGUCUUUUAGCAGCAGAACACAACUCUUGCUCAGCCCUACUCUCUUCCCCACAGGAGUGGAGGGAUGGGUCAGUUUUCUGAGACGUCACCAUUCUGGGACUAGUAUGAAAGCAGGCUUCGGGUGGGAGUGGUUAGAUGACGAGGGGAAUAGGAAAUACUUUUUAAGGAAGAAACUCAUUUAGAAAUUCCAGAGGCAAGCUGUUGCAUGAGACCAGAUAAGAGUUGAUGUUGCCCAGAACUCAAGCAGUGGCAGCAUGAACGUAAAGGACAGAUUGGAGAAACAGUUUGCAGGUGUAAUUAUUGGACUUCACCACUGGCCGGCUAUGGAGACUGAGUGUGAAGGGAGAAUUAAAGGUGACACCUGGGGUUUACUUUGUUGACUAGCUUGCAUUGAAAGGCUCUAGCUACAGUGGACUGCUUGAACGACAUCAUAUUCACACCCAAAAUGUAGAGCACAUUCUUGAUAGUUUACGGAAUGAGGGGAUUGAGGUUCGUCUCGUAAAGAGGAGAGAAUAUGAUGAAGAAACUGUUCGAUGGGCAGAUGCUGUCAUAGCUGCAGGAGGUAAUAGUUUUGCAGAGGUGAUGGCACAAUGCUUUUGGCAGCAAGUAAAGUCUUGGACAGACUUAAACCAGUUAUUGGAGUAAACACUGACCCAGAACGGUCUGAGGGUCAUUUAUGUCUUCCUGUUCGAUACACACAUUCCUUCCCAGAAGCCUUACAGAAGUUCUACCGUGGUGAGUUCAGAUGGUUGUGGAGGCAGCGAAUCAGGUUAUACCUUGAAGGGACUGGCAUCAACCCUGUUCCUGUGGACCUUCACGAACAGCAGCUAAGUUUGAAUCAGCAUAGUAGAGCCUUCAACAUUGAGAGAGUUCAUGAUGAAAGGUUUGAGGCUUCUGGACCCCAGCUCUUGCCAGUGAGAGCACUAAAUGAAGUCUUCAUUGGGGAGAGUCUGUCAUCCAGAAUGUCUUAUUCUUGGGCUGUAGCAGUGGACAAUUUAAGAAGAAGUAUACCCACUCUAAAGGGACUGGCUUCCUACUACGAGAUUUCAGUUGAUGAUGGUCCAUGGGAAAAACAGAAGAGUUCAGGGCUCAAUUUGUGUACUGGAACAGGAUCAAAGGCCUGGUCAUUCAAUAUUAACAGGGUUGCACCUCAGGCUGUGGAAGAUGUUCUAAAUAUUGCAAAACGACAAGGAAAUUUAAGUCUUCCAUUGAACAGAGAAUUUGUAGAGAAAGUAACAAAUGAAUAUAAUGAAUCGCUGCUCUACAGUCCAGAAGAACCAAAAAUACUUUUCAGUAUUCGAGAACCAAUAGCAAACAGAGUUUUCUCAAGCAGUCGUCAGCGUUGUUUCACCUCCAAGGUUUCUGUUCGUUCUCGUUGUUGGGAUGCCUGCAUGGUUGUAGAUGGAGGAACUUCCUUUGAGUUUAAUGAUGGAGCAAUUGCUUCAAUGUUGAUCAAUAAAGAAGAUGAGCUUCGAACUGUGCUUCUAGAACAGUGAAGGAUUUCCUCAGAUGACAAUUUUGAUUACUGGAAAAAAUAGUUUUACUGUGGAAACAGACUGCCAGUCAUAAGGCUACAUUUUUCGGUUAUUGUUGAGACUGGUUGGCCUUGGGCUCAAAGGUGAUCAAGAAAGUGAGAUUUGUAUUAUUCUGUUGGAUUCUGAUGGAAAAGAUACUCACUGUGUAAGAAAAUGGAUGGACUAAAUUGAUUAGAAUUCGUACCAGUGAAAUUUCUCUAUUGCUUACAAUUGGUUUCCAGGAGUGCUGAUAUCUUUAAAUUUAGAGAGGUAGGCUCCAAUAAAAGAUUAAAUGUUUAAGGUUUGAAAUUUAACUGUACAAGCUUUUUUUCCUUCCUUUUCCUCCUAAUUUUGUGGAAUUGGUCAGUCCAAACACAUCUCAUUUGAUUAGUAUUUUUUUAUAGUACCUAAAAUUCAAGAUUUUUUAAAAGAUUUGGUGAUGGAGAAUUUUGAUAAAUCCUGACAUUGACCUAAUUGAAGUAGGUAAAUGUGUUUUUUAUAUGCUAAGAGUUUUCUAAUUUCAGAACACAAUGAUAUUGUUAUGACUAUUGAUUUAAAAAAUUCAAACAAUCAUUUUUGAAAUUAUUUAGAGAUGUUUUCAUUUAAUUGACUGUCAGGUUAAUUUUGACAAUGCUGGGUGAAAUAUAUCUGGACAAAAUCAUGACACCGUUUCAAAUGUAUUAAUUAUCCAAUAACUAUUUUAGGUCUUAGGUAAUUUUUUUUAAUGAUUUGAGUGUCUAACAAAGUUCUUUCUUAUUUACAACUAUCUAACAUGGAUUCAAAGACUAAAAGGAUGAACUAAUUAGACAUAUUCUAUUAGGAGUUUGGUAAAACCUUAAAAAGAUAUUUUCAUCUAAUGUAGGAGUAUUGUCAGAAAGAAAAUGGAUUAUUUAAUAAAUAUGCAAAACACUUUCGUUUUGGAAUUGCCUUACUUAUCAUCAUGGUAGUUUUCACCUAACUCAUAUUCCAAGUUUUACACAUUAGCUUUGGAGGACAAAAUGUUAUGGCUUUUCUUUUUUUCCCAUUAUGACAGUUUCUUUACCUAAUUCCUGAUCUACUUAUAAGUAAUCCUAGAAUUAUCACAGAAAGUACCUCUUGCUGCAUCAUGAGACAAUUGGUAUUCUCACUCCAGUUAUUCAAAGUUGUUUUUUUUUUUUUUCACUUGCUGUUAAAAGCUUUUCUUCAAUCACUGAAAUAUUUAUUGAAUACCCACUCAGUGCCAUGUACUGUGUCAGGUGCUAGAUAUACAUUGGUAAAAUAAACAGACUCUAUCUUACAGAACUUGAGUCUAGUGAGCUCAGAAGUAAAUUCUGUGAAAGCUAGGGUGUAUUAUAAUCAAAUCGAGUGCUCUUAGUUCUGGCAGCAUUUAUCAUGUUCUUGUCAAAAUUUUUAUAUAAAUGUUACUAUACAAAGAUAAUCUAGGUUUUGUUGUAUAUCCAGAACAAGAAUGUGGUUUUUUUUUCCUUAGUUAAGAGUAUCUGCAUAGACACUAAUAGCAAGGAGUUUACGUGAUGCAUACAAUAAAAAUUGGUGUUUUACCAGAGAUGGAUCUAAUUUCUUGUUUGAUUUAAAAAUGAUAUACUUAAGAUGCCACUUUAGAAAGAAGUGAAAUCCCACACUAUAGAAACUCCCUAACAGGUUUAAAAUACCUUUUUGACAAAAAUGCCAACUCCAUCUUUCAUAUCAAGGAAAUCCAAUUGUCCAAAAUGGUACCAGAGAUCUGUUUAAUAUGUAACAUAUUAAUAGGUAACCUGCUAUGUAAAAUUGUUCAUAAGCCAUAUUUUAAAGGUUUUAAAAAUACUUAAUGUGCUUCCUUUGUGAUAUAACUUCUAACAUUUCUGCUCUGUGGUGGGGAUUUAUUUGUAAGAGAUGAUGAGAGGCAAAGGAUGUUUGAAUAGCAAAAAUGUUUUUAUGAAUGAGUUAACCUUUUCAUGGCAACUACAUGUGAAUAAAAUUAAACCAUUGUUAU